AUGGUUGACCUUACACCCGACUUUCGCAAAUUAGUUAAUGAAAUUUCAAACUCAAGCACAGAGAACGGCAUAAAAAAACGCCUCGAUGUUCUUCCGCCAGUCAAAAAGAAUGUACGGGAAGUGCAAGAUGAAUUCUUGAAGGAAGCUUAUCGAAUA